AUGCAUAGCUUGGAUGACGAGGCUAUGCAAAAGGUGCGACCUACACUUUUAGCAAAGCAUGGACGAAGUCUGUGGAGUUUGCAAGCAGAGUAUGCAAAGAGUGUAGCAUGGGAACCCGAGCAUUUUUACGCUUUAGCUGAGACAGCUCAAACGAUAAAGAUACUGCGCUUACCAAUGAAGGUCGAGAAAAAGCAAGGAAAUGAGAGCUUGAGCGUGUGGCCGGACGAGAAGGCUACGCAGAAGAGAUGGGCCAUCGCACGUCUGAAGAAGCUCUUCUCUAGCUUUAGCCAACAGAAGCAUGGUAUCUCACCAGGGAUAGCGCUGGGCUCCGCGGCUCGUCGAUCUAUUCACUCGGCACUGACUUCGCUUCGCCAUCUCAGGCAGCUUUACCUCAAAGUGUAUCUGGAAUACAACUCGUACCAGCUAAUCUCAUACCCAGACCCAGAUGCUUGGGGCUCGCCUCAGAUCAAGCAAAAGGCUGCCCGUGACCUGAUGCUGCGCUUGUGGCACGACUUUGGUCAUAACAGCGCACUUGAGCAAAUCGAAGUGACCUUCGUUUCGCCAGGUGGUAGCACAAAGAUAUGGUACUGUACCGUGUUCCGGAAAUGGGAGAAGAGAGCUUCGGAUGGGAUAUGGAAGAGUAAAGUCGAGGUGGAGAUGCGCGAAGAGGGGAGGGACUACGAUCCGAGCACCUUUGAUCCGUUUGGCUAA